AUGCCGCCCGUAAGAAUCAAACUGUCUAAGCGUUUUAAGAGUUCGCGACGUGCACAGUAUCAAUCCCGUCGAGCCUCCACUCAGUCCCAGGACCUGGAGAUUGCACAGCUCUCCAGAGCUCUGGAGGAGACCCAUCUCUUCUUGUGUCCUCAAAUGCCUGGAAAUUUGAAGGCAGCUCCUGGUGGUGAUAAACCCAGUUCUCCUCAGGGUCCUCAGAGUUUCUCUGCAUCUUCCAUUGGCAUCACAGCCUCUGCAUCCAGCAAAUCAAGUGAGGUCUCCAUGAAUCAAGGUGAGGAGAAUAGUCCAGGCACCUCAGAGACUGUGCCAGAUUUCAUGAAUGUGCCUGUGCAUUCCCUAGAUAGUAAAGUAGCUGUGUUGGUGAAUUUCCUGCUGCUCAAGUAUCGAAUGAAAGAGCCCAUAACAAAAGCAGAUAUGCUCCAGGUUAUCAACGAUUGCGAAGUCCACUUCCCUGAGAUCCUCCUGAGAGCUUCUGAGCGCGUAGAGAUGCUCUUUGGCCUUGAUCUGAAGGAAGUGGAUCCCACCAACCACUGCUAUGGCAUUUUCAUUAAAUCAGGCCUCACCUAUGACGGCAUGAUGCACGGUGAAGCAGGUGUGCCUAAGACCGGCAUCCUGAUACUUAUCCUGGGUGUGAUCUUCAUGAAGGGCAACCAUGCCACUGAAGAAGAAAUUUGGGAAGUUCUGAAUGUGACCGGGCUAUAUUCUGGGGAGAAGCACUUCAUCUUUGGGGAGCCCAAGCAGCUCAUCACCGAAGAUUUCGUGAGGGAAGGAUACCUAGAGUUCCGGCAGGUGGCCAGCGCUGAUCCUGCACAGUCUGAGUUCCUGUGGGGCCCCAAAGCUCAUGCUGAAACCACCAAGAUGAAGGUCCUGGAGUUCAUCGCCAAGGUUCAUGGGACUGACCCAAGUUCUUUCCCAUCUCAGUAUGAGGAGGCUUUGCAAGAUGAAAAAGAGAAAGCUCAGGCCAGAAUUUCAGCCAAGUGUCUCUACUAUUCCAAGUUCUAG